AUGAACUACCUUCGGCGCCGCCUGUCCGACAGCAGCUUCGUGGCCAACCUGCCCAACGGCUACAUGAUGGACCUCCAGCGGCCGGACCCCCCAGGGGGCACCCCCCCCACCUCCUCCACCCCCACCUCCUCCACCCCCUCCACCUCCACCCCCGCCUCCCCGGCCAUGGAGCGGCGCCAGCCCCCGGGCCAAGCUGCGGAGCAGCCCCCCCACACCCCGCCCCCGCCCGCCAAGGCCGCCGCCCCCGCCCCGUCCGCCGCCAAGGCUCCUCCCACCACCACCACUGGCCCCGCCCCCGCCCCGGCCGUUACCGCGGCGCCGGCUCCGUCCUUUGGGGGCGGCGGAGGCGGCUUCCUCAGCUCCUUCUCCAGUGUGGUAAAGAGCGCGCAGUUGGCGCAGAACGUAGCCGCCGCCGCGCAGGCUAGGACCGCCGCCGCCGCCGCUGCUGCCGCCGCCGCGGAUGCUAAGCCCGUAGUCCGAAAGCCCAAGAUCCUGCUGGUCAUCGACGGAGCGCACACCGACUGUGUCACGCCACCAGGUGUGGGGGCGGUCUUAAAGGGGCAGUUUCAUGCCACCAGAUGGUAUCAGAGCGGGCCCCCGAGUGCCGUCGAGCUGCUGCGCGGCGGACCGCCUCGACGACCGGCGAGCCGCAAGUUGCGUAGCGAGCGGCAAGUUGUGCGGUCCUUCAGGCCGGACUUUGUCCUGAUUCGCCAGCACGCCUACAGCAUGACCCCGGGGGAGGACUACCGGAGCCUCGUGAUUGGCCUGCAGUUCGGGGGCGUGGCCAGCGUCAACUCCCUGCUGUCCAUCUACAACUUCUGCAGCAAACCCUGGGUGUUUUCCCACAUGAUCAAACUCUACCACUCCCUCGGCCCGGAGAAGUUCCCUCUGAACGAGCAGACCUUCUAUCCCAGCUACGCACAGAUGGGGACCACACCCACUCUUCCUACGGUGGUCAAGAUGGGACAUGCUUACGCUGGCAUGGGCAAGAUCAAGGUGGAGAGCCAGCAGGACUUCCAGGACAUCACCAGCGUGGUGGGGCUGGCUGGGACCUACGCCACCUCAGAGCCCUACGUCCAGUCCAAGUACGACAUCCGCAUCCAGAAGAUCGGAGGCAACUACAAGGCCUACAUGAGGACGUCCAUUUCUGGGAACUGGAAGGCCAACACGGGGUCAGCCAUGUUGGAGCAGAUCGCCAUGACGGACAGGUACCGCGUGUGGAUCGACUCGUGUGCCGAGAUGUUCGGGGGUCUGGAGAUAUGCGCCGUGAAGGCGGUCCACGGGAAGGACGGCAACGACUACAUCAUCGAGGUGAUGGACAGCUCCAUGCCGCUGAUCGGUGAACACGUGGAGGAGGACAAACAGCUGAUCACGGACAUGGUGAUGACCAAGAUGGCGGCCGUUCUCCUGGGCGUCAACGCCGUACCCCAGCCCAGCUCUGUCAAGACCACCCAGCCAAGACGGGCCCAAGCCGGGGUGCGCUCCACCUCUGGUUCCCCGGCCCAGUCGGCCCACAGCUCCCCCCAGAGGGCCCGCUCCGCCUCCACCUCCCCCAGCCAGGCCUUCCAGCCCGGGCCCCUGCCGGCCCCCGGCCCCGGCCAGCCCGCCCACAAGCAAGCCCCCCAGCUCAAUAAGUCCCAGUCCCUGACCAACACCUUCACCGAGACGCUGCGAGGGAACCCCACCGACGACGAGGCCAAGGCGGAGACCAUCCGCAGCCUCCGCCAGUCCUUCGCCAGUCUCUUCUCCGACUAA